AUAUGCAGAAAUGCAGUCCAGCAGGCAUGAAACAAUUUUCCUUUCUCUAUUCCUAAGAAUUAACGGAUUAUCAUGAUCUAGGGUAGAGUAGAGUAGAGGAUUUUCUGUUGUCAUUUAGAAAAUUGAUUGAGGAUAUUCUCGGCACUUUUCCAAUGACAAAAGGAAAACGAUGAAGUGGAUUACCGUCCAUGCACGUAAGAACUCGACAAGAGCCCACCGCCCAAACCCCAUUCCAUACUGUUCCUCUCACUCUUUCCUUCGCCUUUGAUGAUCUCUCCACCAAGCAGACUUCCUCCCCCCUCCCUCACCAGCUCCUACUUUCUAUAAAUCUCUCUUACCUCCACCUCCACCUCCACCUCCGCCUCCACCUCCUUCACACACUAAACGCCACCCCCAUGGACGGCCUUGAUCACGCCAUCAUGGCGGCCGUCAUAAGCCUCGGCGCCACGCCGCCCCCCAUGCUCAUCCGAUCUCUCUCUCUGCAAUCUAAUCUCCACUUUCACAGGCUCUACCUCCUCGCCAAAUCCUCCCACCACUUCAACUGCGCAGUCCGCCGCCUCGAAUCCCUCUCUCUCAACCAAAAAACGCAACUAAUCGCUACCAUCUUUGUCGACCUCCUCAGAACCCUCACCCACUUCCUCCAGACUAGCAAGCCCCAACGCCCCAGUCUCAGCAUCUCAGAUAUCGCUGACUUAGAUGCCGGAACUUUGCUCCUCGUGCUAUGCGAGGUCCACGAGCAGGAGCUUCGUGGAUCAGAUUCCAGCCACAGGAAAAUGAAGCCUCAAGCCGAGUGGCCCCAGGUUUUGGCCGGAAUUAUCGCCGGAAAAGUUCUUAGCAUGACCGGAAUUGGGGUGGGGGGGUCAUCUUCUUUUGCUUCACUAGUGAUGAGAUAUGGCCGUUUGCUAGAAGCUAUGCAGGGGUUGCUUAGCGCCGGUGGUGUGGGACCAACGUUUGACGACGACACCUGUGAGGGGAGUGGCACGUGCGAGAAGGGUGAGUGUGUGAUUUGCACAGAGGAGUUGGGGGUGGGGGCGUGUAGGCUGCCUUGCUCGCACGUGUUUCAUCGCCAGUGUAUAGGGAUGUGGUUAAAAGGAAGGAGCACGUGUCCUUGUUGUAGGUUGGAGCUUGGUGGGUGGGAUGUGUACCGCGAGAUCGAUAGGCAGGUCGGGGUUUUGCUUGGAUUUGUGAAUGGACGGACCCGAUCUAGCUUUGCGUCCUGUGAUGGUGAGAUGUGAGCAAUACGCGAUUGCUUUGUAUUAUGCGUUACUAGCCGACUCCAUGUGCUCCAUGAUUUGAAUUCUUUUAAAGUAAAUUAAAAGGUUUUUAAUUAGCGUGUGGUUUAUUAUAAGAUGUAAUUUUGACAUCAAAAAUUAUAGGAUGU